UCUCUCUCUCUUUUUCUUGCUUUGUUGCUAAGUAGCUUGCUUAAAGCCACAGCACCCUCACAACCCACUGCCCUUUUUUUCUCAUCCCUUUCUCUCUCUCUCUCUCUCUCUCUCUUAGGGUUGCUGGGCUGCAUUGCCAUUUUCGGAACUCGUUCUGCUUUGGGGAACUAUCUCUGCCUCAAGAUUCGUAGCUUUGAGUGAGGAAGGAAUGCGGAAAGAGAGGAAUAUCCAACUUUAAUGAUUGUCUUUUGAGAUAUUUUCUUGGUUACAUACUUGGGUGAGGAAGGGGGAAACAAAGUAAAAUGUCAUCACGUGGAGGAUCCACACAGCAGAAUCCGCAACUGCAGCGGCGGAUCACACGCACGCAGACGGUGGGGAAUCUUGGGGAGUCUAUUUUUGACAGUGAAGUAGUUCCUUCAUCUCUGGUGGAAAUUGCACCCAUUCUUCGUGUUGCCAAUGAAGUCGAGCCAAGCAACCCUCGCGUUGCCUACCUCUGUAGGUUUUAUGCUUUUGAGAAAGCCCAUAGGUUGGAUCCCACUUCGAGUGGACGUGGUGUUCGUCAAUUUAAAACAGCUCUUUUGCAACGUCUUGAAAGGGAAAAUGAUCCCACCCUAAUGGGAAGAGUAAAAAAAAGUGAUGCACGUGAAAUGCAGAGCUUUUAUCAGCAUUACUACAGAAAGUAUAUCCAAGCUUUGCAAAAUGCUGCUGACAAAGCUGAUCGUGCACAGCUGACAAAAGCAUACCAAACGGCUAAUGUUCUUUUUGAGGUUUUGAAAGCAGUUAAUCAGACACAGGCUGUGGAAGUUGAUCGUGAGAUAUUGGAGACUCAUGAUAAAGUGGCAGAGAAGACAGAAAUCUAUGUCCCUUAUAAUAUUCUGCCUCUUGAUCCUGAUAGUGCAAAUCAGGCAAUCAUGAAAUAUCCAGAGAUUCAAGCCGCUGUAGUUGCACUUCGGAAUACCAGAGGUCUUCCUUGGCCAAAGGAUUACAAGAAGAAAAAGGAUGAAGAUAUACUUGACUGGCUUCAAGCUAUGUUUGGUUUUCAGAAAGAUAACGUGGCAAAUCAGAGGGAGCAUUUGAUUUUGCUACUUGCAAAUGUACACAUACGACAGUUUCCAAAGCCAGAUCAACAACCCAAGUUGGAUGAGCGUGCUCUAGAUGAAGUGAUGAAGAAGCUAUUCAAGAACUAUAAGAAGUGGUGCAAGUAUUUGGAUCGCAAAAGUAGCCUCUGGUUACCCACUAUACAACAAGAAGUCCAACAGCGUAAAUUGUUAUAUAUGGGACUGUAUCUUCUUAUUUGGGGAGAGGCUGCCAAUUUAAGAUUCAUGCCAGAGUGCCUCUGCUACAUAUAUCAUCAUAUGGCUUUUGAACUUUAUGGUAUGCUUGCCGGAAAUGUUAGUCCAAUGACUGGGGAAAAUGUGAAGCCAGCCUAUGGAGGAGAGGAGGAGGCUUUCCUGAAAAAAGUUGUUACUCCAAUUUAUGAAGUGAUUGCUAGGGAAGCUGCAAGAAGCAAAAAAGCAAAAUCAAAACACUCGCAGUGGAGAAAUUAUGAUGAUCUGAAUGAAUACUUUUGGUCUGUAGAUUGUUUCCGUUUAGGUUGGCCCAUGCGUGCUGAUGCUGAUUUUUUCUGUAAGCCUGUGGAUCAACUCCAGAGUGAAAGGAAUGAGGAAAAUAGGCCUGUGAGAGACCGAUGGAUGGGGAAAGUUAAUUUUGUCGAGAUCCGAUCAUAUUGGCAUAUCUUCAGAAGCUUUGACAGAAUGUGGAGUUUCUUCAUAUUGUGCUUGCAGGCCAUGAUCAUUAUUGCUUGGAAUGGUUCGGGACAGCCAAGUUCGGUUUUUGAUGCUGAUGUUUUCAAGAAAGUAUUAAGCAUCUUUAUAACUGCUGCAAUACUGAAACUUGGGCAAGCCAUCCUUGAUGUAAUUCUGAGUUGGAAAGCUAGAAGGAGUAUGUCCUUCCAUGUCAAACUACGAUACAUUCUAAAGGUUGUGUCUGCUGCUGCAUGGGUGGUUAUCCUCCCUGUUACUUAUGCUUAUACAUGGGAGAAUCCUCCUGGAUUUGCUCAAACUAUCAAAAGUUGGUUUGGCAACGGUUCAAGUUCUCCUUCGUUAUUUAUCUUGGCUGUAGUUAUCUACUUGUCGCCAAAUAUGCUUGCUGGCGUGCUUUUCCUUUUUCCAUUCAUUCGCCGGUUCCUUGAAAGUUCCAAUUAUAAAAUUGUGAUGCUAAUGAUGUGGUGGUCACAGCCUCGACUCUAUGUUGGAAGGGGAAUGCAUGAAAGCACAUUUUCUCUCUUCAAGUAUACACUAUUCUGGGUGCUUCUUAUCAUUACAAAGCUGGCUUUCAGUUUUUAUAUCGAGAUUAAGCCUCUGGUUGGUCCAACACAGGCUAUCAUGAAUGUUCAUAUAUCAAUCUACCAGUGGCAUGAGUUUUUUCCCCAAGCUAAGAACAACAUAGGUGUCGUGAUUGCGCUCUGGGCCCCAGUUAUUCUUGUUUAUUUCAUGGAUUCUCAGAUCUGGUAUGCUAUAUUCUCUACACUGUUUGGAGGUAUAUAUGGUGCAUUCCGUCGCCUUGGAGAGAUUCGAACGCUAGGAAUGCUUAGAUCCCGAUUCCAGUCAUUGCCUGGUGCUUUUAAUGCCUGUUUAAUUCCAGAGGAGAAAGCUGAGCCAGCUAAAAAGAAAGGACUGAAGGCCACCUUUUCCCGGAAGUUUGAAGUGAUUCCAUCCAGUAAGGAAAAGGAAGCUGCAAGAUUUGCUCAGUUGUGGAACAAAAUUAUUACAAGUUUCAGAGAGGAGGAUCUUAUUAGUAAUAGGGAAAUGGAUCUGUUGCUUGUUCCAUAUUGGGCUGAUCGUGAUUUGGAGCUGAUGCAGUGGCCUCCAUUUUUGCUUGCAAGCAAGAUCCCAAUAGCAGUGGAUAUGGCUAAAGACAGUAAUGGCAAGGACAGCGAACUGAAAAAGCGGAUUAAGUCCGAUGAUUAUAUGUAUUCUGCUGUCUGUGAGUGUUACGCUUCAUUCCGGAACAUCGUAAAAUUUUUAGUUCGUGGCAAUCGAGAGAAAGAAGUUAUUGAGUACAUAUUUUCUGAAGUUGACAAGCAUAUCGAGGAGGAUGAUCUAUUAACUGAAUAUAAGAUGAGUGCUCUUCCAAGUCUGUAUGAGCUUUUUGUUAAGCUUGUAAAAUACCUGCUAGCUAAUAAACAGGAGGACAGAGAUCAAGUUGUCAUUCUUUUCCAGGAUAUGCUGGAAGUGGUGACCCGAGAUAUAAUGAUGGAAGAUCAUGUAUCCAACUUGUUAGAUUCAAUUCAUGGUGGGUCGGGACAUGAAGGAAUGGUUCCUCUUGAUCAGCAGUAUCAGUUAUUUGCUUCAGCUGGUGCCAUCAAAUUUCCAGCUCCUGAAUCGGAGGCUUGGAAAGAGAAGAUCAAGAGGUUGUACUUGUUGCUAACGGUGAAGGAAUCUGCUAUGGAUGUACCAUCGAACUUAGAAGCCAGGAGGCGUAUUUCCUUCUUCUCCAAUUCCUUGUUUAUGGACAUGCCUUCAGCUCCUAAAGUCCGCAAUAUGUUAUCUUUCUCUGUUUUGACUCCAUAUUACACGGAGGAGGUUCUCUUCUCAUUGCCUGAGCUAGAAGUACCGAAUGAGGAUGGUGUUUCCAUUCUAUUUUACUUGCAGAAAAUUUUCCCAGAUGAAUGGAACAAUUUUCUGGAGCGUGUGGACUGUUCCAAUGAAGAAGAACUUAGAGGGUCUGAUGAAUUGGAAGAACAGCUACGCCUGUGGGCAUCCUAUAGGGGCCAAACAUUGACCAGGACUGUUAGAGGAAUGAUGUAUUAUCGCAAAGCUCUGGAACUCCAAGCAUUUCUUGAUAUGGCUAAGGAUGAUGAUUUAAUGGAAGGCUAUAAGGCCAUUGAGUUGAAUGAGGAUCAGAUGAAGGGAGAGAGGUCGCUCUGGACACAAUGUCAAGCAGUGGCUGAUAUGAAGUUUACAUAUGUUGUGUCUUGCCAGUUAUACGGUAUACAAAAACGGUCUGGAGAUCCUCGUGCACAAGAUAUAUUGAGACUUAUGACAACGUAUCCAUCUCUUCGAGUAGCAUAUAUUGAUGAAGUUGAAGAACCAAGUAAAGACAGAACCAAGAAGGUUAAUGAUAAGGUUUACUAUUCCACUCUAGUGAAGGCUGCUUUGCCAAAGUCAAAUUCUUCAGAGCCAGGGCAGAAUCUGGAUCAGAUUAUCUACCGUAUAAAACUUCCAGGCCCUGCUAUCCUGGGUGAAGGGAAGCCUGAAAAUCAGAAUCAUGCGAUUAUUUUCACACGUGGAGAAGGCUUACAAACAAUUGAUAUGAAUCAGGAUAACUACAUGGAAGAAGCUUUGAAAAUGAGAAAUUUGCUUCAAGAAUUUCUUAAAAGGCAUGAUGUUAGGCACCCAUCAAUUCUUGGCCUGAGGGAACACAUUUUCACUGGAAGUGUUUCUUCUCUUGCAUGGUUUAUGUCUAAUCAAGAAACAAGUUUUGUUACUAUCGGUCAGCGAUUGCUGGCCAACCCUCUUAAGGUUCGGUUUCACUAUGGUCACCCAGAUGUAUUUGAUAGACUGUUUCACCUUACGAGAGGUGGGGUAAGCAAAGCUUCCAAGAUUAUCAACCUGAGUGAGGACAUAUUUGCUGGCUUCAAUUCUACACUUCGUGAAGGCAAUGUAACCCAUCAUGAAUACAUACAAGUUGGUAAAGGGAGGGAUGUAGGGCUUAAUCAGAUUUCUCUAUUUGAGGCAAAAAUUGCCAAUGGAAAUGGAGAACAAACAUUGAGUCGUGAUUUAUAUAGGCUGGGGCAUCGUUUUGACUUCUUUCGAAUGCUAUCGUGCUACUUCACCACCAUUGGUUUCUACUUCAGUACCUUGAUUACUGUUCUCACUGUCUAUGUGUUUCUUUAUGGCCGCCUCUAUCUUGUUCUUAGCGGUCUAGAAAAAGGCUUAAGUACACAACCAGGAAUUCGAGACAAUAAGUCUCUUGAAAUUGCUCUGGCCUCUCAGUCCUUUGUGCAAAUUGGCUUUCUGAUGGCUCUUCCUAUGAUGAUGGAAAUUGGAUUGGAAAAGGGUUUCCGAACUGCAUUAAGUGAAUUCAUACUCAUGCAGCUACAGUUGGCACCCGUGUUUUUCACCUUCUCACUUGGAACUAAGACCCAUUAUUACGGGAGGACAUUACUCCAUGGAGGUGCAAAAUAUAGGGCCACGGGUCGUGGGUUUGUCGUGUUCCAUGCAAAAUUUGCUGAGAACUAUCGGCUGUACUCUCGCAGCCACUUUGUUAAGGGGCUUGAGCUAAUGAUAUUGCUUCUUGUUUAUCAAAUAUUUGGCCAGACCUACAGAGGUGCGGUUGCAUAUAUCCUGAUCACUGUAUCCAUGUGGUUUAUGGUGGGGACCUGGCUCUUUGCUCCAUUCCUCUUCAAUCCGUCUGGUUUUGAGUGGCAAAAGAUUGUUGAUGAUUGGACUGACUGGAACAAGUGGAUCAGUAACAGAGGAGGUAUCGGUGUGCCUCCAGAGAAGAGUUGGGAAUCAUGGUGGGAGGAGGAGCAAGAUCAUCUCCGUCAUUCUGGAAAGCGUGGUAUCAUUGCUGAGAUAAUACUAGCACUAAGGUUUUUCAUUUAUCAGUAUGGGCUGGUCUAUCACUUGCACAUCACCAGGACUACCAAAAGCGUUUGGGUAUACGGCAUAUCAUGGCUGGUGAUCUUCCUGAUACUCUUUGUCAUGAAGACGAUAUCAGUGGGACGUAGGAAAUUCAGCGCAAAUUUCCAACUCGUCUUCCGUCUCAUCAAGGGUUUGAUCUUUGUUACGUUCGUCUCCAUCCUUGCUAUUCUGAUCGCUCUCCCUCACAUGACGCCAAGAGACAUCGUUGUCUGCAUACUUGCCUUCAUGCCAACCGGCUGGGGCUUGCUUCUGAUUGCACAAGCAUGCAAACCCAUCGUCCAAAAAGCUGGAUUCUGGGGCUCAGUUCGAACUCUAGCACGUGGCUAUGAAAUCGUUAUGGGAUUGCUUCUCUUCACACCAGUGGCCUUUCUCGCAUGGUUCCCUUUCGUGUCCGAAUUCCAGACUCGAAUGUUGUUCAACCAAGCUUUCAGUAGAGGUCUUCAGAUUUCUCGUAUUCUUGGUGGGCAUAGGAAAGACAGGUCCUCCAGGAACAAGGAGUAGCCGUAGGAAUGUGAUCCAGAUCAGGAGCAGAAACUACUGUUCCACCGCUGGUAAUAUUUUCUUGCCAUCAAUAUCUUGUAACUUAUUGCCAUAUGUUUAUUGACUAUGUGAUCUGAUCCGAUGUUGUAUCCUUGUGAUUUUUGAAAGGUGGGGGGCUCCAUUUUUGAGCUAUUAGUGUAAUUAUUAAUCAUACAUAUGACCUCUGAAAACAUAGUCAAUUAUUUCUUUUGAACC